AUGAAUUCACAACUACAAUAUGAGCAUAAUUCACUAAAUGAGGAUUUCAGAUAUCAAAUCAAUCUGCUCUUAAAUGACCUAGAUCAGAUACUCUCACUUACUAAAAUUAGAGGCAAGGAUGUACCCUACCCUCGAAUUUGCCGAAAUUGCAAAUUUAUUCACGAUUACGAUAGUCAGCAUAAUUUGGUAAUCAAAUCAUACACAGAAGCAUAAUUUAUAUCAGAUCUUAUAGCAGAACAUGACACCCUUUUUUAAAUCUGUAAUUGGGCUCAUCAAAGCAUAAAAUAAUAAAAUGCGAGGGAUCAAGAUAAAGCCUGGAGUAACAUUAUUUCAAAUAACUUUGAUUAAAUUUAGAACUCAUUAGCAGACGAUGAAAAAUGCAUAUUAAAUUCAUUGAGACCAUUUGGAGCGGGAAAAAAUUAAUUUGACUUCAUGCGUUUAUCAACUUAUUAAAAUGAAAAUUGGGUCUUGGCCUUGGAAACUCUAAAUCAAUUUUUAAGUCGACCUUCACAAACCUAGAAUAAGUUAUUUGCAUGGGCCACGUGUCAAAGUGUUCCGUGGAAUACGGAUAUUUCAUAAUUCAAUGAAAUCCUAUGGCUUAACAUUAGAGCUGAUCUGUUUUAUAAGGUUAUGACUGCACAUGCAGAAAUCUAUCCCAAAAUGAUGAAGUGUAUCAAUUUUGGAAUCAACAAACCAUAUGUAAUGUAACCAAAACGUUAUGAAUUGAAUUGCAAUGACAUGAAUUUCGGAAUUGAAACAUUGGGUAAACUAUUUAUCAUAGAAAUCAUUAAGUAUUUAACAUAAAAAUCUAAUGCUUCGAAAUUAAUUUAAAUGGUUAAAGAAGCUAUUAGUCUAUUGAUUAGCAAACGAAUAAAUCCUGAACACACAAUUAUAAGAGCCACCUGCUUUUAUAAAAUUGCUUUAAUGCUUAAUGAUCUAUUGGAUAUCAACUACGAUGAUGAAUAUUAAUUCUUACUUUUGAUUGCCAAGAUCAUUCAAAUUAUUGAAACAGAAAUCUUUAACCUUCCUACCAAAUAUCAAAUUUUAAUACAUCUUUUAAGUCUUUUGACCAAACUAAGCACAUUUGAUGAAUUCAUCUAACAAAUAUGCCAAAAUAUCCUUAAUUAAUUAGGAGGCUCAUUAUCCUCGAUUUUACAAUUAUUAAUCGAUAAUAAUUUCAACAAUAUUUUGAUUACUACAAUUACAUUUACUAGGUUUACUGCUUUAAGUCCAAUGUAACAAAAUGAGUUAAUUUCUUCUGCAUUUUCUUAAUUUUUUGAUUAUAAUGAGAAAAAGAAAUACAUUUUUUUGUUCCUCCCUUAUAUUAUUGAGAAUAUUGACCUUUUCAAAGAUGCUUUCUUACAAUUGCUGUAGGAGUAUCCUGAAUUGGAGGAAUCAGAGAAUUAGUAUUUUCAGGUUUACAUUAAUAAGGAAGUUGUAAGAAUGAAAAGCUUAAUUAAAGACCUUGUAAUCCCUGUAUAUUGGUUUACUAAAUAUAUUAUAUUUCUACUUGAAGACCCUAACUUAAAUCAAAACGACAUGUAUAUAGCAAAUUUCAUAUGUUUAGUUUAAAUAUCAUGGAUGCUAUCCAGAUUAAUAAUCAGCUGUUUGAGAGUCUAGAAAAUAAGAAAUUUAUUUUAGCAUUAAUUGCUAAGAAAUUAACAGUAUUUAAAUAAUUUAUUAAUUAUUUGCUUAAGUGA